GACGUCGGGUGUCGCUGUUCUGCGGUAGUGGCAGCUGGGAAGAGACACUACCAGGGUUGGGGGUCCGGUACCAGAACUGGGCCGAGGGAGCUGCGAUCCCCAAGCGUCUUGUGCGAAGGGAGUACCGUAAGAAGACAAGAUACAAUCCUCAGGGUCAACGCUAUUGUUGGCUUUGUUUUUCGUUUUUCUUUUGUUAUCCUAAUAUAAGGCUAAAAUGUGUAAACGACAGCCCGAAAAAAGAGGAAAUAAUAGACAAUAAUAAGGUGACUUAAACUAGUGAUCUUUCAGGCUGUAUGAUGGGUACUAGACCUGAUGAUAGAUAAAAUAAAGGGGCACAUCUAUCGGUGGAUAACGGCGGCUAGAGGGCUGGGCAGACUGAUUGAAGGGAGAGCGCUAUCUGAGGUUAGCUAGCUAAUAGUAGGACAGCUGUAAACCGGACGUUUACAGGCGAGAUAUCUGGCCAAAGUACAGAAAAAGAUGGGAUUCUGUAUAGGCGAGAGUAUACGUGUGGCAUCCGCUUAGGUGGAGCAGCGCGUUUCUGGGCUGAAAGGAUUCGGCGUUUGUUCAGUGCCGGGCGCCUGCAGGAAAGGCAGAGAGAUAACGGGAUUAGGAGCGAUCAGCUGGCUUACUAUGGAGCUGCUGGGUCGGUAACGGCGGACUGUCAUCAGCUGGUCGUGUGCCGACGUGUCACACAUUAGUGGAUCGGGCUUCGGAGUCACGCUGGGUGUGAUCCGGACGCGGAGUUUCGGUUUGCCUGUGCCAGGUGAACCCUGAUAACUUCACAAAAGACUGACACGAGAGGCCACACCGCAUGUAAAUUGCGUUUGUGUUUGAGGAUGUAAAUUAUUCAGUGUUUUGUUUAGGGUGUUUGAUUUUUUUAAGGGUAUUUUGACGCCUUAAAGGCUCACCGACACGUGCAUUUGGAAUAAAAGCUGCUGUAACUUUCGGUAAUAGUGAACGUUCUCGUCGUGAAAAAUCCGGAUUUUCACCUAAUCCUAGCACGCUAGCACGCUUCCCAUCAAUGAACAGUGCUGGUAUCGCAAGUGAAAUCUGACUAAUGUUUCAGUGUGUCAGAGAUGCCAGCUGGGUGCAGACCUGCUGAUGUUCCCUGCCUUCUCCACGGCCUGAAGAAACCGUUUCAGGCUUUAAUCGGAAGGCGUGAUCAGUGUAUAGCUCUUUGUUGGAGUUCCCGUGAGUUAGGGUCUCAAGCUGUCACGUUUGUGUAAUUGGCCCAGUGAAAGCCACUCAGUCUCGUGUGAUGCCUGUCAGGGGCUCUUGCUGACUAAGUGGCAGGUUCUCAGUCAUGCGGACUAUGCAGCCCCUUCGCCCAGCGGUGGGGGCGCCUCUCCUGCUAUUCCUGCUGGGCACCAUCUUUCGGCUGGUGCUGACCAUGCAGCGUGAGGAGAGACACAGACUCAGGAAUCAGGUGGUGGAGAUGUUUGACCACGCUUAUCAGAACUACAUGGACCAUGCUUACCCAGCGGACGAGCUGAUGCCCCUCACCUGCCGGGGCCGUGUGCGGGGACUGGAGCCGAGUCGCGGGGAUGUGGACGACGCACUGGGAAAGUUCUCCCUCACCCUCAUCGACACUCUCGACACUCUGGCGCUCCUGAACAAGACGGCUGAGUUUGAGGAGGCGGUUCGGAAGGUUCUGAGUGACGUGCGGCUGGAUAACGAUGUCGUGGUGUCCGUGUUCGAGACCAAUAUCCGUGUACUGGGAGGGCUGCUGGGGGGCCACUCCAUGGCCAUGCUGCUUAAGGAGAGGGGGCAGCAUAUGCUCUGGUACCAGGAUGAGCUGCUCGACAUGGCCAAGGACCUCGGAGUGCGAUUACUUCCUGCUUUCAACACCAGCAGCGGGCUGCCAUACCCCAGGGUGAAUCUACGGCAUGGUGUGAGGGGUCCUGAAACUCGAACGGGCACCGAAACGGACACCUGUACUGCCUGUGCCGGCACUAUCAUCCUGGAAUUCGCAGCCCUGAGCCGUUUCACUGGGGACCCCAUAUUUGAGACUCACGCGAGACGAGCUCUGGACUUCCUGUGGGAGAAGAGGCAGAGGAACAGCAACUUAGUGGGAACCACCAUCAACAUCCACUCUGGAGAGUGGGUGCGCCGAGACAGCGGCGUGGGGGCCGGCGUCGACUCCUACUAUGAGUACCUGCUGAAGGCCUACAUCCUCCUGGGGGACGACCUUUUCCUGCAGCGUUUCAACAUCCACUACGCAUCCAUCAUGAAGUACAUCAGCCAGCCGCCCCUGCUGCUGGACGUGCACAUCCACAAACCACUGCUCCCUGCUCGCACCUGGAUGGACUCGCUGCUGGCCUUCUUCCCGGGGCUCCAGGUGUUGAAGGGUGAUAUUCGUCCAGCGAUAGAGACCCAUGAGAUGCUGUAUCAAGUCACCAAGAAGCACAACUUCCUGCCUGAGGCUUUCACCACAGACUUCCGGGUUCACUGGGCCCAGCACCCGCUGCGGCCAGAGUUUGCGGAGAGCACCUACUUCCUGUUUAAGGCCACCCGGGACCCGUACUACCUGGAGGUGGGCCGCACCGUGCUGGAGAACCUGAACCGCUUCGCCCGCGUGCCCUGCGGCUUCGCGGCCAUGAAGGACGUCCGGACUGGGAGCCAUGAGGAUCGCAUGGAUUCCUUCUUCCUGGCGGAGAUGUUUAAGUACCUCUUCCUCCUCUUCGCCGACCCGGAGGACCUGCCCUUCGACGUGGAGGACUACGUCUUUACCACAGAGGCUCACCUGCUGCCCCUGUCGCUGUCCACCGCCCAGCGCUCACACUCCCUCACUGUCGCCAACACCACGUCCUGGGAAGAGCUCGACGAUUCCAACUUUGACUGGUCUUGCCCCAACACCCGCCUGCUCUUCCCUGAUCCCGCCUUCCCCCGCAGCCUGCGGGAGCCAAUCAGGAGUGCCGUGGACAAGAGCUGUCCCCGCCCCGCCUCACGCAGCGAACCAGGCCUGGGUCGCCCCCCCCUGCGUGCUCGGGACUUUAUGGCCAAUAACCCCGAGCAUCUGGAGCUGUUGCGUCGUAUGGGAGUGAGUCUGAUCCACCUGAAGGACGGGAGGGUGCAGCUUGUGCAGCACGCCACUCAGGCAGUCAGUGCUGUGGCUGCUGAGGACGGUCUGCGCUUCAUGCAGGAAAUGAUGGAGCUGUCUAGCCAACAGCAGAAAGAGCAGCUGCCACCCCGUGCCGUGCAGAUCGUCUCCCACCCCUUCUUCGGCAGAGUGGUGCUGACCGCCGGCCCGGCACAAUUUGGGAUGGACCUGUCCAAGAGCAGCACGGGGGUUCGCGGCUUUGUGGCUGUGGCCGAGCCGUACAGCGGUUGCACGGAGCUCACUAACGCCGCCCUGGUGGAGGGCCGUAUAGCACUGCUGCAGCGUGGGCAGUGCAUGUUUGCAGAGAAGGCCCGGCACAUCCAGAAGGCGGGGGCUAUCGGAGGGAUCGUCAUCGACGACAACGAGGGCAGCAGCAGCGACACGGCGCCCCUCUUCCAGAUGGCUGGGGAUGGGCGCAGCACUGAUGACAUCACCCUGCCCCUCCUCUUCCUCUUCCACAAAGAGGGAAGCAUCCUGCAGGAGGCGCUGCGGGAGUACAAGGAACUGGAGGUGCUGCUGAGCGACAAGGCCAGGGACCGAGAUGCCAUAUUUAAGGGCUGCCCCCUUCCCAGCCCCCUCCUGGAGAGCACAGAAGGGGAGGAGGACUGCUCCCCCGAGGAGGAGCUGCGAGCUUCCCCCAGUCCCUCCUCAUCUCCGGAAGAGCAGCAGCCCUCGCAGAGCACGGAGGAGCAGACCGAGCCGGAGGUGGACGAGACGAAGCGGGAGGCCAGGGCCGAGGACACGGUGGAGGCGGACGAAGACUCCGCCCAGUCGAUGGAGGCCCUCCUAGCGGACUGGAAGGAGGACCUGGAGGCAUUCCAGCAGAUGGAGAAGGACGAGCUCUGACAGCCGCCCGCAUCGCCACCAUCGCUGCCCCUCACAGCCCUUCCCCCCGCACUGGACUCAGGUGGGAGGCAGACAGGGGAGAACCACAUAAGACUGGCCGCCCUGGCAGACCCUGACUCCGGGCCGACUCCAAUCCCCCUCCGGCUCCAGGUCACUUACACCCCCUCCCUGCUCGCUGCUGAUCAGGCUGUGCCCAGCCUGCGCUGGACCCCUCACAAAGGAACGAGCCCGGGACCGUGACGUCCACAGCACGCCUCCAUCACUGCUUGUUUUGUUUUCCUCAUGACUUUUGUUCGUCUUCCUUCAUAUGAAAGCGUUUUUUUUGGGGGUUGCAAAGCCAUGGACACACGUUUUUGAUUUGAUUGACUGUAAUGAGUUUUUUUUGUUUUUUUUUUUUUAAUCUGAAAAAUGUUUUUGAUUUGGAACUGAUGCUUCACUGUUCGAUUUGAGUGACUACAGUACAAUGCAGCUCUGGCGCAAAGAAUCACAAAUGCAGCCUUCUCAAGACUUCUGUAUAAUUACCUAAUCAUGUAUAAACUUGUAUGUAUGUAAAUGUGUAUGUAUUUUUGAAAAAACUGGAAAGAUAUCGCUGGUGGGCUCUAUGUCCACUUGGUGAAUUUGCAUAUGGAUUAGCCUGAGCUCAGGUCCGAAUUGUCUUAUCAGCCCAGCUCUGUCCCACGAAGCGGCAUGGUGAAAGGCGCAUAGUGAGCCGUCCACCAGAUGGCGCCAUUGCAUUAAUAACCUCAAUUAAAUUUAUUGACUGACCAGAAAAUGGACCAUUCUUGUUUAUUAAAGUUAUUAAUAAAAUUUCAAAUUUUAUGUG